AAGAAAUAAUUUUAUCUUUCCAAAUAAUGUUGGUCUUCAAAAAUGGGUAAUUUUCGUGAGUUUUUGUUAUUCCAGUUUUUUGGCGAGUACGAAUAAACGACAUACAUAGAUUAGGAUAAGGAAAUCAGUUGGCUGGAGCAGAGUUGUGGUCUUGGAACCAAAACCCUACGCUCACCGGAUCGAAUUUUAGUUUCGGCAUCCAUGGAUGAUCCUCGCGAUGAUCCUAGAAUCAACGGCGACAGUUACGACCACCGCGAAGACGUAGACGGUAGCCAUUCGUUCAAGAAACAAAAGCUUUCUUCCACCCUUGGUUUCAUUUCAGAAUCCGAAAUCCGACAAGAAUUCGCCCACCAUAAACAUGGCAUCGCUCGAAUUAACAACGGCAUGUUUGGGAGCUGCCCGUCCUCCAUCAUAUCCGCCCAGAAAAGGUGGCAGCUCCGUUUCCUGGAGCAACCAGACGACUUCUUCUUCAACCACUUUCAGAAACGGAUACUCCAUUCCCGCAACCUCAUCAAGACCCUCAUAAAUGCUGAGCACGUUGAAGAGGUCUCCCUUGUAGAUAAUGCCACAACGGGGGCUGCAAUUGUCCUCCAACACGUGGGCUGGGCCUUUGCGGAGGGCCGAUUCCAGAAAGGUGACGCGGUUGUGAUGCUCCACUGUGCAUUUGAAGCCAUUAAGAAGUCAAUUGAGGCAUAUGUGACCCGUGCAGGGGGCUCUGUUAUUGUAGUGCAUCUUCCAUUUCCUGUUAGUUCCAAUGAAGAAAUCAUUGCUAAGUUUCGUGAUGGCUUGGCCAGGGGCAAAGCCAAUGGACUGAAAAUUCGUCUGGCUAUAAUUGAUCACAUUACUUCAAUGCCAGCUGUUGUAAUUCCAGUGUGUAGUUUGGUCAAACUCUGCAGGGAAGAAGGUGUGGAGCGAGUAUUUGUUGAUGCUGCUCAUGCUAUAGGCAAUGUUCAUGUGAAUGUUAAGGAAAUCGGGGCUGAUUUUUAUGUCACAAAUUUGCACAAAUGGUUCUUCUGCCCACCGUCAGUGGCUGUUUUGUACUGUAAAAAAUCAGAUGUAUUCUCUGAGUUGCAUCAUCCAGUGGUUUCACAUGAAUAUGGAAAUGGACUGGCGACCGAGAGUGCAUGGAUUGGAACACGGGACUACAGCUCACAGCUAGUUAUUCCUGAGGUGUUAGAAUUUGUUAGUAGGUUUGAAGGCGGCAUUGAGGGAAUUAGGAGGAGGAAUCACGAUGCUGUUGUUGAAAUGGGAGAAAUGUUAGCCACAGAUUGGGGAACAUCUCUUGGGUCACCGCCAGACAUGUGUGCUAGCAUGGUUAUGGUUGGCUUGCCUGCAAGCUUAGGAAUUCUGAGUGCAGAUGAUGCUUUCAAUUUGAGAUCUUUUUUGAGAAACCGUUUUAUGGUAGAAGUGGCAAUUCAUUACGAAGGACCAAAAGAUGGGGAAUCACAUGGAAAUAUGGAUGAAUUGGGGUGUAUUAGUGGAUAUGCUCGCAUUUCUCAUCAAAUUUACAAUACAGUUGAUGAUUACAUCAAGUUGAGGGAUGCAGUUAAUCAACUUGUGCAUGAAGGGUUUACCUGCAAGGCUCUUUGUUCAUCAUAAGAGGAAUAUGCUUUGUACCAGAACUAGCAGGCAAGGGGAAAUUGGACAGCAGAUGAGAUGCUGAUUAAUUGCAGACAAAUUGUCAUGCCCUAUCCUCACAGCAAUCAAGAAGAAUGCUCACUGGCUUUUCUGAUCUUCUAAGCACACAAUUGGUCACUUGCAACAUUAAACUCUUCCUUCUCUUAUUCUUUCUGCUAUUGAUGUAGUUGAAGACGGAAUCUAGUUUGUGUCAUGUCGCAGCGGGUACCUGUAUAUGUCCAAAAUAAUUAUAGGCCCCAUAUAUGCAACAUGAAGUUGUUUGAAAUAAGUGUUCUCUGAGGUUGCGGCAGGUGAGUGUCAAGGGCGAACCAUGACUGCCCUUUCUCUUUCUAACUGUAUGCCUGUAUGCCAAAUCUUGCAAAUUACUCCCUGUUCCGCUAUAUUCGUUCACUUUUGACUUUUGGAACUAUUCAUCUAAGCACUUUGACUCAUCAAAUUCUCUCAAUGUGUAAGCCUAAAUAUAGUCAUGCGUGAUCU